AUGGGAACCAAAAUGGCCGGUGUGAGAAUCGCAAUUGAUAGAGGAGGAACCUUCACCGACUGUGUUGGUAGUUGGGACUCCGACUCCGGCAAGAAAGACGUCAUUAUCAAGCUCUUAUCAGUGGAUCCUCAGAACUAUCCUGAUGCAAAUCUAGAAGGCAUUAGAAGACUGAUGGAGAUUUAUACUGGUGAGAAAAUACCCCGUGGAGAGCCACUCGACACGUCCAGAAUUCAGCAUCUGCGUCUGGGUACCACCGUUGCUACCAAUGCUCUUUUAGAGAGAAAAGGGGAGCGCUGCGCUUUGGUGACGACCCAAGGCUUCCAGGAUAUUCUCCGCAUCGGUAAUCAGUCCCGGCCACACAUCUUUGACUUAUCCAUUGCCAAGCCUGAUGCCAUCUACGAGAGUGUUGUCGAGAUCGACGAGAGAGUCACUUUGGAGGACUUUGUUGAAGAUCCGCAAAGGAAUUACACGGCACCAAAUGGGGCUGACCUGGUCAAAGGUCUCUCUGGAGAGACUGUCCGCGUGCUUAAGAGGCCAAAUGAGGACGAAAUCAGAAGCUUGCUGACGGUCCUGUAUGGAACUGGUGUCCGGUCUCUAGCCGUCUGUUUGCUUCAUUCGUUCACCUUCCCAGACCAUGAGCUUCUGGUUGGCAGAAUUGCUGAAGAAGUUGGAUUCACUCAUAUUUCGCUCUCACACAAGCUCACUCCAAUGAUCAAGCUUGUUCCAAGAGCCAACUCGUCUGUGGCAGAUGCAUAUUUGACUCCAGAAAUUAAGAAAUACUUGUCUGGCUUCGAAUCGGGCCUCAAAGACGGUUUAGCCAGCGUUGCACGCGGAAAGACGUCUGGCGUGAAAUGCCAGUUCAUGCAGUCGGACGGUGGUUUGGUCGACGCUUCUGGGUUUUCUGGUCUGAGAGCCAUUUUAUCUGGUCCAGCCGGAGGUGUUGUUGGCUACUCCAAGACCUGCUACGACCCUAAAAAUAAAAUUCCUCUGAUCGGUUUUGAUAUGGGUGGAACAUCCACGGACGUUUCUCGGUUUGGAGACGGCAAGUUUGAUCACGUUUUCGAGACCACCACUGCCGGCGUCACAAUUCAGUCUCCACAGCUGGAUAUCAACACGGUGGCUGCUGGAGGAGGCAGCAUUCUUGAUUUCAAAAAUGGUCUCAUGACGGUCGGCCCAGAGUCUGCUUCAUCCCACCCGGGCCCUGCAUGCUACCGCAAGGGUGGCCCGUUGACCAUCACCGAUGCUAAUUUGAUUUUGGGAAGACUCGUGCCAGAGUAUUUCCCAAGCAUUUUUGGGCCCAACGAAGACCAGCCACUGGAUAUAGAGGUUGCCGAAAAGAAAUUUCAGGAAAUGACAGACAAGAUCAAUGCCGCCCACCCACAUCUUCCAGCGAUGACCAUCCAGCAGGCCGCAUGGGGUUUCCUCAAGGUUGCCAACGAGACCAUGGCCCGUCCAGUCCGCCAGCUGACAGAGGCUAAAGGUCACGUUCUUGCAAAACACAGACUGGUUUCUUUUGGAGGUGCUGGUGGACAGUGUGCGUGCGACGUGGCAAAGCUGCUCAACAUCUCUGUUGUGCUGGUGCACAGAUUCUCUUCUGUUCUGUCGGCAUACGGCAUGGCGCUGGCUGACGUUGUCGAGGAGGUGCAGGAACCCUCCUCAUAUCUUCUUGAGGAUAGCACCCAAUCUUUGCUGCAGGCCCGUCUGGAAGCACUUAAGCAGCAGGCAGCAACAUCUCUGCAGGCCCAAGGCUUCAAGAGUGAAGAUAUCUCGUUCGAAGAGUAUUUGAACCUGAGAUACCAGGGAACAGAGUCUGGACUCAUGGUGGUUAAAGGCAAAGACUGGGACUUCAAAGAGAAUUUCUUCGCCCUCCACAAGCGCGAGUUCGGGUUUAUCUUCGACAAAGAAAUCAUUGUGGAUGACAUUCGUGUGAGAGCCAUUGGAAAAGGACUUGACAGACAGGAAGAGUACGUGGAUGACCAAUUGCAGCGUCUCAAAUCUGAAAACCGUCUGGCUAUCGUUUCCAAAGACAAAGUCCAGUUUGUCAAGAAAACAUUCUGGGGUGACGAGGAUCUAGACACUCCUGUGUACAGACUAGAACAGCUCGAUGUUGGCACUCAGAUCGUCGGACCUGCUAUUGUCGCCGACGGUACCCAGACUAACGUGAUUCCUCCUAAGGCUACGACUACCGUUCUGAACGCACACCUUGUUAUCCAGUUAGCUGAAGAGAAGAAGUCUAUUGCCACGGGUGACGAGGAGAUUGUCGUGGAGCCUGUUCUGCUAUCUAUUUUUGGCCACAGGUUCAUGGAUAUUGCUGAGCAAAUGGGCAUUUCGUUGCAAAAGACUUCGGUGUCUGUCAACGUCAAAGAGAGACUCGAUUUCUCUUGCGCUUUAUUCGAUCCUCAUGGGAAUUUGGUUGCCAACGCGCCCCAUGUUCCCGUCCACUUGGGAUCGAUGUCCACCUGUGUUGCUACCCAGGCCAAACUCUGGGAGGGAAAGCUGAAACCUGGCGAUGUCCUUAUUUCUAACCAUCCUUCUGCUGGCGGAACGCAUCUUCCGGACAUCACGGUGAUCACGCCAGCCUUCGACGGCGACAAGAUCAUAUUUUACGUUGCUUCACGGGCACACCACGCAGACAUCGGAGGAAUUUUGCCAGGGUCCAUGCCUCCAAACUCAAAGGAGCUGUGGGAAGAAGGUGCUACCUUCUACUCUGAGCUGCUGGUGAGAGACGGAGAGUUUCAAAUGAACAAAAUCACUAAGAUUAUGUUAGAGGAUCCAGCCAAGUACCCCGGCAGCUCGGGAACCAGAAGAUUGUCCGACAAUAUUUCCGAUCUGAAAGCCCAGGUCGCGGCAAAUCAAAAGGGUAUUUCUCUCAUCGAGCGUCUGGUGGACGAGUUCGGACUUCCUACCAUCAUCAGAUACAUGACCGCUAUUCAGGAGAAUGCCAAACAGACAGUUUCCGCUAUGUUGGACCAGCUGAUCGAAGAGCACGGCGAAGAGAAUCUCGCUUGCACAGACUACAUGGACGACGGCAGUGCGAUUCAAUUGCAAGUUCGCAAGGACCGCGAAGACGGCAAAGUUGUUUUUGAUUUCACAGGAACCUCUCCACAGGCCUACAACAACUUUAAUGCUCCAAGAGCCAUCGUUUUUUCUGCCAUAAUCUACUGUCUGCGGUGUCUUGUGGACGAGGACAUCCCGAUGAACCAAGGAUGUCUGGACCCUAUCAAGGUGGUCAUUCCUGAGAGCUCGCUCCUGUCUCCCGAUGACGGUUGUGCUGUUGUUGGUGGAAACGUGUGCACGUCGCAACGUAUCACAGACACAAUACUGAAAGCUUUCCACGUGAUGGCCGACUCCCAGGGAUGUUGCAACAACUUCACCUUUGGUACUGGUGGAAACACUCCAGACGGGAAAUAUGCUCAGGGAUUCGGAUACUACGAGACCAUUGCUGGUGGCCACGGAGCGUCUGCCAAAUGGGAGGGAGUUUCUGGAGUCCACACGAACAUGACCAACACCAGAAUCACAGACCCUGAGGUUUUCGAGAAGAGGUACCCUAUCAUUCUGCGCGAGUUCUCUAUUAGAGAGGGCUCCGGUGGUGAUGGUAUGCACAGAGGAGGUGAUGGUGUCGUAAGAGAUGUGGAAUUUAGAGUCCCUGUCACGGCUUCUAUUCUUUCUGAGAGACGAGUGAUUGCGCCGCAUGGAAUUGCCGGCGGCAAGGACGGCGCCAGGGGCGUGAACCUAUGGAUAAAGAAGACGAAAAAUAGCGAAGGUAAGGAGUCGGAGCGGAUUAUCAACAUCGGUGGCCGCUCUUCUGUCCAGGUGGCAGCAGGAGACCGCAUUCGAAUUCUCACUCCCGGAGGAGGUGGGUACGGUGCUACCAAUGGCGAGUCGAAAAAACGAGCCCAGCGGCACGGGGGCCACAAAUUCACGUUUUCUGGGUCGCUGGCUGCGCGCAACAGAAUUCAACUGGAAAAUUAG